AUGGAUUCACAGACCAUACGAUAUCUAGCACAUCUUGAAGCUGAGGAUGAACAAAGAGAAACUGAUGAGAUCAUUGAGGAGAGUGAAGCAGAAAAUCAAGAAGCAGCAGAAAGUGAGACUAGAACUCAAUCAAUUCAACCGACUCUCACGGUAUUUCAAUCUAACAAACGCUUAAAGGCUGAUGUUUGGAAAGAGUAUAUACCAGUAGGUGAUAGGGAAGAUGGAAAGAAAAUGGGUCGUUGCAUGCAUUGCCAGAAGAAAUUCUGUAUAGAGAUUAGUCAAGGAACAUCUGCUGUUACACGUCAUUUAGAAGUUUGUCCAAUGAGAGGUGAAAAGAGUGAAGUUGCUAGGAAGUAUGAUCCAAAGGUAGAUCGUGAUAUGAUUAAUGAAAUUAUAAUCUAUCAUGAUCUGCCUUUCAAGUAUGUGGAAUAUGAGAAAGUAAGAGCUAGGGACAUAUACUUGAAUCCGGAUUGUCACCAUAUCUGUAGACAGACAGCUGGGGCAGAUGUUCUUAAGAGAUUUGAGCUGGAAAAGGUUAAGUUGAGAAAGAUUUUUGCUAAUCACAAAGGUAGAGUGUGUUUUACAUCUGAUAUGUGGUCAGCUAGAACAACAAUGAGGAGUUAUAUCUGCUUGACUGCUCACUUCGUUGAUGAUAGCUGGAGAUUGCACAACAAAAUUUUAGCUUUCUGUGAGUUUGAAGCUCCACAUACUGGUGAGGAAAUAGCUACAAAAGUUUUGGAUUGUUUGAAGGAGUGGGGUUUAGAGCAGAAAGUUUUCUCGUUCACCCUGGAUAAUGCUACCAGUAAUACUAGCAUGCUUGGUAUUCUUAAGAAUCGUCUUACAUUGGCUAAUAGAUUGCCCUGCGAUGGAAAGUUUUACAUAAACAGUGUAAAGUUUGUGAAAGCAUCUGGAGCAAGGAUAGAUUCGUUUGCAGCUUAUAGUAAGAGUUUAAAGAUAGAUAUGAAGGCUGGGUUGUCUUUAGAUGUUCCUACUCGCUGGAAUUCAACAUAUCUUAUGCUUGCCAGAGCUUUAAAGUAUCGUAAGGCAUUUAUAAGUCUGCAACUGUGUGAUAGGAACUACAAGACACUUCCUUCAGAGGCUGAAUGGGAGCGUGGAGAGAAGAUCCGUGAUCUGUUGAAACCUUUUAACACCAUCACCACUUACUUUUCAGGCGUGAAGUAUCCUACAGCCAAUAUUUACUUCAUGCAGGUGUGGAAGAUAGAAUUGCUGCUAAAGAAAUUUUCAGUUUGUGAUGAUAUUGAUGUGAGGUUAAUGGCUUUGAAGAUGAAAAACAAGUUUGCUAAGUAUUGGGAUGAAUAUAGUGUCGUUUUAGCAAUGGCAGCUGUCUUAGAUCCAAGGUUCAAGACUCAAAUACUCCAACAAGCUUAUGACAAACUGGAUCCGAGUACUUCUGCGAAAAAAGUUGAGCUGGUUAAGAAAAACUUGAAGUUGCUUUAUGAAGAAUAUAAGACCAAGCCUUGGACUUCUUCAACCAGUUCAACAACACUAACUCCACUGGAACUUCUUACUGAGUCACUUUUAGAAGACGAUCUGGAUCUUGACUUCUUUGAACUUGAGAGAAGUGCAAAUCUUGAUUCAAACAUGACAAAGUCGAGUUUGGACCUGUAUUUGGAAGAGCCUAGGCUAGAGUUUGGAGCUUUUGCAGACAUAGAAGUCCUAACAUAUUGGAAGAACAGCGGGAAUUGUCAUGGUGAUCUUACUGCCCUUGCUUCUGAUUUGCUGAGUAUUCCUAUAACCAUAGUCGCAGCAGAAUCGGCUUUCAGUGUGGGAGGUAGGGUUUUGAACCUGUACAGGAGCCGUCUCCUUCCCGCAACGGUUCAGGCGUUGCUUUGUACCCGGAACUGGUUAAGGGGAUUUGCAGAUUUGUUGGGUAUUAUUGUGGGUUGGGUUACUUGGUUUACAGUUGGGCUGGAUAUGAACACCCACCAAAACACCCCUAAUUGUGAUGAUUCGAGUGAGAAUAUGCAGGAACAACAACAAAAGGAUAUCAACAAGAAAACGGAAUGUGCUUCUUCGAGCGAGAAUACGCAAGAAAAUCAACCAAAGGUUCUUGUUUCGACUAAGGAAACGGAACGUGCUGCUUCGAGCGAGAAUAUUCAGGAACAACAACAAAAGGAGGCUCUUGUUUCGAAUAAGGUUGUGCCUUGUGCGGAUCAAGAGAGGGGAAGUUACAUAAAGAUGGUGGGGAAAGAGAAAAGCUGUGAGGGAGGUGGUGAUGGUGAGGACGAUGAGUUGUGUGUUCUGCAAGACAUGCUUGAGGCGACAUUGUUUCAGAGUUUAGGUAAGAUUCAACAGAAGAUGCUUUGUCAGAAUUUGAAGAACAUUUCAGCUCAAACAAGAAAAGAGUUGACUGUGGAAUGUAAGGCAUUACUUGAGGAGGAGAUGAAACUGAGUAUCAAGAAGCUGACUCUCUCUGCAAAGCUAGCAAACGCUGGAGUUUCUGCUUAG